AUGUGCCGACCCAACCGAUGGUCCGCUGUACGCCCAUGCGUCGCAGUCAUUCUUGUUUGUUGCACGGUCACGGAUUGGGCAGCUUUCCUGGUGCCAGAUGAACUGUCCAGAGGAACCAUGCAGCGAUGGCGGCUCGCCGUCGCCGUCUCCGGGUCAGGCUUUCCGACGUCUCAAUGGACGGCUCAACAAGUGGCGGAGGGAACCCGUGCCCUUUGCUCUUCCUCCUCCUCCUCGCGCCGGAACACGCGCACGCGCUUCCGCCGCGCCGUGCGGAGUCUGCCCCUGGGCGUGCAGAACGUGGCCUUAGCGGGCACCUUGGUGUCGCUGGGCAUGCUGAGCCUAGCACUCCAAGGCUACACUGCGCUGGCCAGAUCUCUACUUGUGGCGUGUGUGAGGUGUGUGGCACAACUCUAUCUUGCAGGAGGUAUUCUGCUCACGUACCUCUUGUCAACGAGACAUCCGGGCGUCGUGUGGAGCUGGAUCUUCUUCACAGGUCUGUUCGCAGCCACUGAGGCCACUGCCAGAGUGGAGUACGUCUAUCCGAAGCUUUUUCGCCACAUGGCCACGUCCAUCCUCAUGGCCCUCUCUUUGGUCCUGAGCUCUAGUCUUUUUUUGGGCGUCUUGACGCCGGAACCCUACUGGUCACCCCGGACGUGGAUACCUGUGAGUGGCAUGAUCUUGGGGAACAGCGUCACCGCCUGUGCCUUGGCCGCGGCGAAGGUCACCGACGCCUUGGCCACGGAGCGGCAGACCUUGGAGCUGCGCUUGGUUCGGGGCGCCAAUUGGAAGGAAGCCUUGAGAUCGGUGCUGCGCACCACACUGAGCACCUCCUUGACGCCCAUCAUCAACGCCUUGUCGGUGACGGGCAUCGUACACAUCCCGGGGAUGAUGACCGGACAGCUCUUGUCCGGUCAGUCACCGUUCACAGCUGCAGCCUACCAAGUGCUCAUUUUCUUUCUCAUCGCAGCCUCAACGACUACUACUGUUCAGGUGGUCAGUCAGCUGGCCGUCCGAACGCUGGUGGAUCAGAAGCAGCACCGGCUGCAGCUCGACGACCUGCGCGCCCGGCCGCGCGAGGAGCAGCCGCCCUGCCGCGGGCUACGGAAGGUGAUGCGGGAGAUGCUGCGUGGAGUGAGUGCGAAGCCUGCGCAGGUGCGCGCCAUGCGUCCCGUGAAGAUCCUCGACGACCACGACGACCACGGCGACUCCGAGGGCUCCACCGAGACGAAGACCGGUGGUGAAGCCUUGGUGAAGCAACUGCAGGUGACGUUGGAUGGCCACGUCUCACCCCUCACGCUCCACCGUGGCGAUCGCGUGGCGCUGCUGGGGCCCAGUGGCAUUGGCAAGUCCCGCAUGCUGCGGCGGAUCGCCGGGCUGGAGCCCGGAGGCGUUGAGGUGGAGGAUGCAGUCGAAUGGAGGCGCCAGGUCUCGUUGGUGCCACAGGGUCAAGCCAACCUGGAAGGGACACCACGAGAUUUUCUGAAGGAAGUCUUGAGCUACGGCAGCCAGAGUCUCACACGUGAUGAAGAGCCUGAGAAGCUGUUGGAGGAGCUUGCACGAGAGUGGGACGUCGACCCCUCCCUGCUCAGUCAGCCUUGGAACACGCUUUCGGGUGGACAGGCACAACGGAUUUCCUUGGCCAUCGCGGUUUGCUUGAAGCCGGAGGUCUUGUUGCUGGAUGAGAGCACCAGCGCAUUGGAUGAAGCAACCACCUUAAAGGUAGAGAAGUCUUUGAGAGCUCGAGGAACUCCAAUUCUCAUGGUGUCUCACUCGAGUUCUCAAGUAGAUCGAUUCUGCAAUCGCCGUAUCCAACUCGCAUGGAAUGAUUAA